AAGAAAUUUUCCCGUUCGCAAUGCGAUAAUAAUGUUUUCGGGUCGAUAGUGCACGAAAAUGGUUUAAUCAGCAGGUGUUGGGAGUGAAAUCGACCGGCAGAAAGCUGCAGACACAGUGCUACCAGUGAUAAGCGCAAGCAAUCUGCAUCCGUGCGGCAGUCUGCGGGGAAGUGAAGUGCGAGAGGUUUCUCUCGUCGCGACGAUCCUAUCGCCAACGCGUGGAAGUGAAAUUUCUAUCGCACUGUUUCUGCGUGUGUGCACAAACUAAGGGACCAAAAUGAUCGGCGGACUGUUCGUGUACAAUCACAAGGGCGAGGUGCUGAUAUCGCGGGUGUAUCGGGACGACAUUGGCCGGAAUGCGGUCGACGCGUUUCGCGUGAACGUCAUCCACGCCCGGCAGCAAGUGCGAUCGCCGGUGACGAAUAUUGCUCGCACGAGCUUUUUCCACAUCAAGCGGGCCAACAUAUGGCUGGCGGCUGUCACGAAGCAAAAUGUGAACGCGGCGAUGGUGUUUGAGUUUCUACUGAAGAUCAUCGACGUGAUGCAGUCGUACUUUGGCAAGAUCUCCGAGGAGAAUAUUAAGAACAACUUUGUGCUGAUCUACGAGCUGUUGGAUGAAAUUUUGGACUUUGGCUAUCCGCAAAACUCAGACACGGGUGUGCUGAAGACGUUUAUCACGCAGCAGGGCAUCAAGACGGCAACGAAAGAGGAGCAAGCACAGAUCACAUCGCAGGUGACGGGACAGAUCGGUUGGCGCCGGGAGGGAAUCAAGUACAGGCGCAAUGAACUGUUCCUCGAUGUGCUCGAGUACGUGAAUCUGCUGAUGAGCCCGCAGGGUCAGGUACUGUCGGCACACGUAGCCGGCAAAGUCGUGAUGAAGUCGUACCUGUCCGGUAUGCCGGAGUGUAAGUUCGGCAUUAACGAUAAGAUCGUAAUGGAAGCGAAGGGACGCAGCGGUAUCUCGGGCAACGCCGAUAACGAAGCAUCGCGCUCCGGCAAACCGGUUGUUGUGAUCGACGACUGUCAGUUCCAUCAGUGCGUGAAGCUGAGCAAGUUCGAGACCGAGCACUCGAUCAGCUUCAUACCGCCGGAUGGUGAGUUCGAGUUGAUGCGCUACCGCACGACGAAAGACAUUUCGCUGCCAUUCCGCGUGAUCCCGCUGGUCCGUGAAGUGGGAAGAACCAAGAUGGAAGUAAAAGUGGUGCUCAAGUCGAACUUCAAGCCAUCCCUGCUGGGCCAGAAGAUCGAAGUGAAGAUCCCGACGCCACUGAAUACGUCCGGUGUGCAGCUGAUCUGUUUGAAGGGCAAGGCGAAGUACAAAGCUUCGGAGAAUGCGAUUGUCUGGAAGAUUAAGCGUAUGGCUGGCAUGAAGGAGACUCAGCUGUCGGCCGAAAUUGAACUACUCGAGACGGAUACCAAAAAGAAGUGGACGCGACCGCCAAUCUCGAUGAACUUUGAAGUCCCGUUUGCACCAUCCGGAUUCAAGGUACGCUAUCUGAAAGUAUUUGAACCGAAACUGAACUACUCUGACCACGAUGUGAUCAAAUGGGUGCGAUACAUUGGCCGCAGUGGACUGUACGAAACGCGAUGCUAAUCCAGCAAUGUGCGAGGCAUUUUAUUUGGUUUUGCUCUCCUACUCUACGACCUCAAACAUGGACAAACAAUACUAAACGAAGUAACACGCUGGCCACAGAAGAAAUGGGCUGCCAACCCCACUACUUCUCUAGCCCCCAAAUCCCUCGAUCAAAAUCCGUCAUUUGCUAGACUGUCACCGAUUACUUCCGGUGGCUCCUGGAGUUUCAUGCUAACGAAACAUUCUCGAACGCAAAAUUCUUUCCUACCGAUAUGGUUUCCCUCUCUUCAGGAUGCGUAUUAAGGUGGUGUAAAAAUAAGGACAGGGCAUUCAAAACUCAGAAUCACGAAACAUUUAUAUUCCUUUAAUCUAUACUAGAAAAAUGCUCUUUCGAUUUCACUCGAAUUCAUACUUCAUUCGUUGGCCGGCGAAGUUCCAGUGGGCAAACAAAAUAAGAGCGGACAGCGGGCACACAAUAUUAAACGAUACGCCAUCGUAUUCUCUAAUGUAAUUCUGUCUGUGUGACGAUGUUAGACGAAAAGAGUGACGUGUCUAGCAAGUUAUGUGUUAUUAUCGAACCCCCACUGUUGCGUGUACUUCGCAUUGGCGAUUAUUAUCCUAUAACUUAGUACGACGCAAAGGCAAAAACUGAAGUUAGCUAGAGUAAUGCUUGCUUAACGUAUGCACUGCUGCGGACUGCGGUGUUUCGGCAACCACUUUCCACCCAUCGGUGUAUGUAAUCAAUCGUGCCACGCGCUCCGGAAGUACAUACGAAGGGGCCAAUCCGCGGGCAGAGCAACAACGUCGUCAGUGUGUUCAUCGCGUACGAAUCUCGCACCAUCGAUUAAAAACUCCUAUACUUGGCGUUAAUGGAAGCACAAUAGGCAUUCGUUUGCCGCUGGUGUUGAAUUAUACCGAAAAGAUGCCGUGCAAUGUCAGUGUGUCUCCUGUGCCGUGUAAAAUCGACAGCCCUGUAGCAUUAUUUGUAAUACUGAAGUCUUCGCUUCUGUACAUAUUUCUCCCCAAAUCGCCAUUCAUUCCAAUGAUGUUAGACUAUUUUUUUUUCGACGCAUUAUUUGCAUAUAUCUGAGCCGUCGAUGCAUGCUUCUUCUGAUGCUUCUUGUUCAUUAGGUAUGUGACUAUUAGGACAAAGUUAAAGCAACGUCCCUGGUGGUCCUUGCCUGCCACCAGAUCGCUAAAAAGCGGGACUUUCUUAGCACUUCAAAUUAUGUUCUUAAAAAUGUUUUUUUUUUAAAUUAACUCCUGGUUUUGGGUAAUAGCGUAUCCUCUCUUGUACGCUUCAAACGCUGAAUGUUCUGCUGUGCAGUUUAAUUUAAAAUAAGUUCUAUGAGUUCGAAACCAACAAUAUAAACUUGACAGCCGAUUAUAAGCUGUGCAAUGAAAAUGGUAGAAAAGCAUUAUCGUAAAAAAUAUAUAUAUAUAUAUCAUCGCCAAUCAUGCGACGCAUUGAGCUGCACAUUUCAGUCGAAUAGCGUCGAACGUCUUCUUCGUUAUCGACUCCUUUUUAGUGGGAAUCUUCCAGUGGAGAGGUUCAUUCGACUUUCAGCGCGUUUAAUCGAAUUAAAAUUAUAUCGAUAGAAGCAUACAAUAAUUGAACCAACAGGCAGGCAUAAUGCGAAUCUAGGUAAAAGCAACAACCCUUCAAAUUGGCGUGCAAUGGCGUGCAAAAAGCUAAAACGAAUGCAACACAUACCCAAAUAAACGGAAACUAUGCUACUCUGCUAAUGUGGCCCACUGUAAGGCAAACAGUAGUGGGAAAUAUACUAUUGACAUAUAUAUACUAUUAUUGCGUAAACUAUUAAGAUGAUAAAAUUAGUUGUUGAAAACAAAAGAAGUAAAUCGA